AUGCUUGGAGUUACUGUAAAUGACAUUAUCCAGCAGGAGUUUGUCAGAGCUCUGGCAGCCGUCCUCAAAAAGUCUGGGAAGUUGAAAGUUCCCGAAUGGGUGGACACAGUCCAGCUGGCCAAACAUAAAGAACUCGUCCCCUAUGAUGAGAACUGUUUCUACACAUUAGCUGCUUCACAGCACCGUCUAUACGGAGGACAGCAGAGAAAUGGUGUCAGGCCCAGCCACUUCAGCAGAGGCUCCAAGAGUGUGACCCGCUGCGUCCUCCAAGUCCUGGAGGGACUGAAAAUGAUGGAAAAGGACCAAGAUGGGGGCCGCAAAUUAACACCUUAG